UGCGCCUCGUCCGCCCCUGGCGGCGAGCGGGAAGCGAAACCGGCUCCGCGCGGUCUGCACCGGAGCUGAGUUUCACUUUCUGUCCGGGGGCAGAGCUAAGCGGGAAAUGAAAGCUCCGCUGCGUUGUGGGCGCUCCUCGCUGCCCUCUGACGCAGCCGGGAGGAGCGCGGCAAUCUCUCAGGCAGCGCCGCCGCGGCAGCCGCUCCCUCAGCGCUGCCCGCGGGACCGAGGUGCCCUUCGCGCUGCGGUCAUGCGCCUUCCUGGCUCGUUACGGCUGCAUGCGGCCCCGGGGGAAGGCUGAAGAUCCGCCGUGGCUCUGAGCGCUCGAGAUCCUGCAGGAACUGUCCUUCCGUGAUUGUACAUACAAUAUUGUUGAUGAGCCAAAGAGGUGAGCAUCAGGAAAGCAAGAAGGAACUAGAGACAUCACCAAGUGAGACCAUGAAGGCAGAAGAAAAAAGUUAUAAAGAAGAAGACAAAGCGUCAAAGAGUGAAGACUGGAGGCCACCAUCAGUCUUUGGUGCUGCCGACUUAAAAAACAGAGCUGUUGGACUGUAUAAUAUUGGACAAACCUGCUGUCUGAACUCUCUGCUCCAGGUGUUCUUCAUGAACAUACACUUCACAAAGAUACUGCGAAGGAUCUCAGUGCCAGUGUGUGGCACAGGAAAGAAGAAGAAUGUCCCAUACCAAAUGCUUUUGCUGCUGGAGAAGAUGCAGUGUGGAAAGCAGAAAGCAGUUCCUCCCAAAGAGCUUGCUGUCUGUCUUGCAGAACACAGAGUGACAAUGUUUGUACAGUAUGAUGCUGCACAACUCUUUCUGACUCUCUGGAACUUGUUAAAGAAACAGAUGAAAAACCCAGAGCUGGUUGAAAAGCUGAGUGAUUUGUACACCAUCAGUGUGCAGGAGCACCUGGCCUGUCAGACAUGCUCUUCUGAAACAAAGAGGAACAGCAGCAUGUUAACCCUUCCAGUCUCAUUAUUAGAUUCUGGCUAUCACAUGCUGAAGACUCUGGAGGAGUGCCUGCAGUGCUUUUUCCAUUCAGAAGAGUUGACUGGUCAAAACAUGUGUUUCUGUGAACACUGUGGAAAGAAAACACCGUUUCGGCAGAGCGUAAAGCUGGUCCACCUGCCACAGACUCUGACCAUACACCUAAAGCGUUUCUGCUUUGGAAGAUCAGCUUACAUCCACAAAAUUAGCAACUGUCUGCCAUUCCCACAAGACCUUGAUUUCAAUGCAGUCUUGACAGAACAGCAGUGCCAAGCGUAUGACAAUGAAAAGGCUACCUGGCAGUAUGAGCUCUUUGCUGUUGUUGCUCAUUCAGGAUCAACUAGCUAUGGACAUUACUGUGCCUAUAUUCGAAGUCUCACAGAAUGCAAAUGGUAUUGCUUCAAUGAUUCUCUUGUUGAACAGGUGUCAUGGGAUGAUGUUAGAAGUACCUAUGGGCAUUCAGACCUCAGCUGGGGACAAACAGCAUAUCUCUUGUUUUACAUGAAAAAACAUCCCCAGUAGCCUUACCUAGCUGUUUUCAGAAGCUGUGCCUUGCCCAUGGAGCUCUGCAUCUGCAAGCUAGAGUGGAUGUGUGCAAAUGCUCCUCAAUGAAGAACUACAUUCCAUCAACAACAUCUGCAUUCAGUUUUAAUUGUUUUUUUUUUCCCCCACAAAAGAAGUGCAGGACAAACUCAACUGGAGAAAGGACCUUAGAAUUAUUGCGUCUAGAAAUCUUUUCUUUCCUGCCAUGUGAUUAUAUAUUUAUUGUAUCCCUCAUACAUGCAUGAUUCUAUAUAUUAAUUUUCUCUUAAAAAAUAAUAAAGUUAGUUCUUUUUUCUGCUGACUUACCAUGCUGGUGCCUAGAUUCCAGUACAGAAGAACUUUUUGGUCUGAAAACCUGCAUGGUGUUCCAAGAGAGCACACGGUACGGCUGCAGAGCCAUGGCAGCUGUAAGACCAAAAAGCUUUUCAGGCCGUGUUUGAUGAUGGCAAGCUGGGCAAGGGACUCUGAAAAUCUUGAGGAACAGCUCUAACAGGGAUCAGGGCCCUUAUCACACAUGCAGCAGUGAUCACAGAAUCAUAGAAUGGUUUGGGCUGGAAGGGACCUUUAAGAUCACCUAGCUCCAACCUCCCGCUAUAGGCAGUGACACCUCCCUCUAGACCAGGUGGCUCAAAGCCCCAUCCAGCCUGGCCCUGAAUGCUUCCAGGGAGGGGAUGCUUACUCUUAAAAUACUGCAAGGAAAUGAAUCACUGAGGAAUUGAGAUGUAAUUGGAAGUUCCCAUGGGGAGACUACAUGGUUGGAGGCUUCCUAUCUGCUUUUAUCCUUUGUCUGGGAAUUGUUGAGAUAUAUAUUAAGAAUCUUUUCAGUCUGUAUGUCAAUAAAAAGAAAUCUCUGUUUUUUGUUUGUUGAAUUAAAUAGUAUGGUAUAAAUUCCCUAGCAAGUAACAUUUCUGAAUUGUUCUUGGUCUGGAUUUAUAUGUAUAUAUAUCUGAAAACAUAAAUUGCCUGGUAAGGGCUGCUCAGUUCCCACAGGUGAUGAGCAUGCCCCACCUCCAGCAGCAGCAUGACCCAACUACUGAACAUCUCUGUGGCCAUGGUGUUCCCUAAGGUGCUAGAAAUCAGGAGCUGUCAAGUCCCCGCUGUGGUGCUGCCAGAAGUGCAUGCUACACUUGCAUGUUUAAUACUGAUGAAGAAUAAGGUAAUUCUAACAAUUUGGGCACCUGAUUUCCUGUAUUAGAGGCUGGAACACCUCAGAGAGAACAGAGAUGACUUAAGAGAGAACGUGCUAUGUGAUCUGACCACAACAACUGGCUUUCUGAGCUUUCAGACAAGAACAGUGGCUGACAAGAACAGGGAUUUGGCAUCUUGCUCUAACCCUGCAGUCACCCUGAGCUCUCCACUCUCCUCUCUGGUGCUUGUCCCUGAGCAGAAGUGGUAAAAUGAGUGCUCUACUUGCUUCAGCACUGCCCAAGUUCAUGACAUGGAUUAAGAAACACGGAGACCAGUUCUAGUUCUCUUUAUUAUGGCAGGUCCCCAAAAACUGCAAGUCCCUGAGAUCUGCACAGUUGAAGUAUAAACUAUUCUGAUCAUCAUAUCAGGUGUAUUUGAAGUCCUGAAUCAGCACACUCUGAGGUUAGAGGAUUCCUGGCCCCUAACCUUCCUUAUGCACCUGCUGGUGUAGCUUGGGCAAGGACCUAGCCUGGGGGCCUGAGUUCAAAGGCAGCCCCCAAAACAAAGGGCGAAGGUUCCAAAUAGGGCUUUCCACAGCUCUGUCACAGAAUUUGGGUGUCAGAUCCAAAAUUACAGCUGCCCUGUAUCAACUCUGCUCCCGAACAUUGCGCUUGUGAGAUGAGGAGAGGAUGAAUCAACUUCUGUGGUCAGCCCCAAGGCAGGGGAAAGGAGGUUGCAGAGCCUGUCAGUGCACCUGCGGCCCUGACCUGUAGGCUUUAUUGCUCGGUGUGAGGCAAUUACAGGUUGGAUAAGCAUCAGUGCAUCAUGUAGUUCUUACAGGUGUGGAGCACACACAGCAUGCAGGGGCUUGAUUAUGGAGAGAAGGAGAUACUGUGCAUUUUUUAGGAUGAAAAUGAUUAACUUGUCUAGUUCUAAAUAGCAUG